UUUGUUUUGGUAUUGCAAUUAGUGGCCAGGGUCUUAUUGUGGAGCAAAGCAUGGUUGUUGCUACCCAAAGACUGGAAAACCAACCAAAGGUUUCAAAAUUGGUGGCAUAUGGCCCUAUACCUUAGCGGAAAUAGGCCAACCAACUGCAAAUCUAAGUGCCAUUUCAGUUUGUCUAAGAUGUCAAACCUGACAAAGAGCUUGGGAAAAAAUUGGCCAUCACUUUCCUGCCCAAGUAGGAGGAGUGAGAAAUUAUGGAAGCAUGAAUGGCAGAAAUAUGAGACUUGUUCAGAAGAACUCUUCGGAGGCCAAUAUCAAUACUUUCAUGCAGCCCUCAACCUUUUGAAAACAGUAGACAUCCUGAAGCUACUCAGCGAUGCAGGAAUUCAUCCAAAUGGAUCAUUUUACAGUGCAAGUGCAGUUUAUAGUGCCAUACAAUCAAAAGUUACACACAUGCCAGGAAUAGCGUGCAACGAAGACAAAACAGGUAACAAACAACUUUACCAGUUCAGUAUGUGUGGAGAAACUGCUGGAACUAAAAUCGUUGACUGCCUUGGCCUCUCAUCACACGGGAAGUGCUCUGAAAAAAUCAAGUUCCCUUCCUUCUAA